AAACAUCGAAACAAAAGCUUGACGGCUGGGUUGUUGGUGUUUUUUGCCAAUGGGAAGAAAACCCAUAACAAACGAGAGUUUGUGUUGUGCUCAACCGAUUCAGCCCUAGCUGGUGGACGCUGCGACAAAGCCACAAAACAUCUUCGUUCGUAAUACAACAGCUGUGCGGUGGUGGUGGUGGUGCUACCUGCACAUACCCGCUUUGCCUACCAUGGCCGACGAGUAUCAGUAUGUGAGCAAGAGCAAGCUGAAGCUGAAGAACGAUUCCGACACGAAGAAAAAGCACAAGAAAAAGGACAAGAAAAAGGAAAAGGAGAAAGUGUUCCGGGCCGUGCUGGAAGACCCUGGCAAGGCCGAGGACCGUCACCAGCAGCAGCAGCAGGGACAGGGGCAGGGGCAGACUAGCGCAGCCUCAGGACGGGUUCUGACGAAAGCGGAAGAAUCGUUUAAAAAGAUGCAGGAGAAGAUGCAAAACAAACGCAUCGUGGAGAAGGCACAGAUGACCCACAAGCAGCGGGUAGAAUUGUUCAACAUGCAUCUCGACAGCCUGACCGAACACUUUGACAUACCGAAGGUGUCCUGGACGAAGUAGAUUGGGCCAGCCAGAUCGGGAGGACUGCACUGUUGCGGUGCAAUUACGGAUUGGCCACAGAUACGCUGUACCGUGUGAUGAUGUGAAGAGAUUGUGUGUGUGUGUGUGUGUGAAUAAAAUAAAUCGUUCCAUAUCGACGCUGUGCAGUAGGCUACAGCUGCAGAAGCAUUGAAGCAUCAAAA